AUGUCUAAGCUCUUCGUUCACGGCCUUUCUUGGCACACUAGCGAUGACACCUUGCGCGAGGGUUUCCAGCAAUUCGGCGAGAUUCAAGAAGCUAUUGUCGUCAAAGACCGUGCGACUUUGCGCAGCCGUGGUUUCGGCUUCGUCCGCUUUGCUACUGAUGCCGAGGCAGACGCUGCGAUGAAUGCCAUGAACAAUCAAGAAUUUGACGGACGGGUUAUUCGCGUUGACAAAGCAUUUGACCGACCCCAGCGCCCCGACGCUGGCUUCCAGGGCCGUGGCGGAUAUAACUCGCAGCCCUCAUCGGGAUACCAGGGUGGUGGCUACGCUGGCGGUUACAACGCCAGCGGGUACAACGGCGGUGCCGGUGGAUACAGCGGGGGGUACAACCGAGGUGGUUACAACAACUAUCCCCCUAGCGGUGCCAGUGCCGGCUUCGGCGCAGGUGGCCAUGGUGGAUAUGGCGGUGGUCCAAACAGCGGAUACGGUGGUGGUGGAGGCUGGCGCGGGAACAACCACGAGCAAGCUCCUCAAGACGGUCACUAA